CACGCGCGCCUGUCAGCCCCUCCCCCCUCCUCUCCCAUUGAGAGGCGUUGACGCCACCCUUUGCCUCAGCAAAUAAUUUUAUAAAAUUUAAACAGCAGCAGCAGCAGCUUCUCCCGCGAUGGCUUCCUACGAUAUCAUCGCCAACCAGCCCGUGGUGAUAGACAACGGCUCUGGCAUUAUCAAGGCCGGCUUUGCUGGAGACCAAAUCCCCAAAUGUCACUUCCCAAACUACGUGGGACGCCCCAAGCAUGUCCGUGUCAUGGCAGGAGCUCUGGAGGGAGACAUCUUCAUUGGACCUAAAGCUGAGGAGCACCGUGGACUGCUCACCAUCCACUACCCGAUGGAGCACGGCGUGGUCCGCGACUGGAAUGACAUGGAGCGAGUCUGGCAGUACUUGUACAGCAAAGAGCAGCUGCAGACUUUCUCAGAGGAGCAUCCCGUGCUCCUGACGGAGGCCCCGCUGAACCCGCGGAAGAACCGUGAGCGAGCUGCUGAGAUUUUUUUUGAGACUUUCAACGUCCCAGCACUCUUCAUCUCCAUGCAGGCCGUGCUCAGCCUCUAUGCCACUGGACGCACGACAGGUGUGGUAUUGGACUGCGGCGACGGAGUCACCCACUCGGUCCCCAUCUACGCCGGCUUCGCCCUGCCCCACUCCGUGUGUCGCUCGGACGUGGCCGGACGUGACGUCACGCGCUUCCUGCGCCUGCUCCUGCGCAAGGAGGGGCACGACCUGCACACCAGCGCCGAGCUGGAGGUCGUGAGGACCAUCAAGGAGCGUGCCUGUUAUAUGUCCAUCAAUCCCCAAAAAGAUGAAUCUCUGGAGAUGGAGAAAGCUCAGUACACCCUUCCUGACGGGAACGUCAUCGAGAUUGGCCCUUCCAGAUUCCGUGCUCCUGAGCUCCUCCUGCGACCUGACUUGGUUGGGGAGGACUGUGAGGGCCUCCACGAGGUGCUGUGCUACUCCAUCCACAAGUCGGACCUGGACCUCCGUCGCACCCUCUACAAGAACGUGGUGCUCUCGGGGGGGUCCACGCUCUUCAAGGGAUUUGGCGACCGUCUGCUGAGCGAAGUCAAAAAGAUGGCCCCCAAGGACAUGAAGAUCAAAAUCUCCGCUCCACAGGAGAGGCUCUACUCCACCUGGAUUGGGGGGUCUAUCCUGGCGUCUCUGGACACCUUCAAGAGGAUGUGGGUCUCCAAGAAAGAGUAUGAAGAUGAUGGCACCAGGGUGAUCCACCGCAAGACCUUGUGAACCUAGCCUGGCACGGCGACAAUGUUCGGCACUGCUGCGUUUACGUACUGUUCAUGCCACAGCACAACUCAGCUACUCACUCACUCAGCCACUCACUCACUCACUCAGCCACUCACUCACUCAGCCAUUCACUUGCUCAGCCACCCACUCACUCAGCCACU